CAAUCCAAUUCAAACGUCAAACUUCACAACCUCGCUCACCGCAACUCUUUUUGCUGUCAAAGCGCCAUCUUUGAUUUUUUCUUUUUCUCGUAGACACCGACGUGUAGAAAACGUGUUAACGUAGCUAGUGUCUAUUUUUCCAUUUUAACAGCAAAAUGGGUUUCGUGAAGGUUGUUAAGAACAAGCAGUACUUCAAGCGUUACCAGGUCAGGUUCCGCCGGCGCCGUGAGGGCAAGACCGAUUACUAUGCCCGCAAGCGUCUUAUCUUCCAGGAUAAGAACAAGUAUAACACACCGAAAUAUCGGAUGAUUGUCCGUUUGAGCAAUCGGGACAUCACUUGCCAGAUUGCGUACGCCCGGAUUGAGGGAGAUCGCAUUGUGUGCGCGGCCUACUCGCACGAACUGUCACGCUAUGGCGUCAAGGUUGGUCUUACCAACUACGCAGCUGCUUACUGCACGGGAUUGCUGGUUGCCCGUCGCAUCCUGCAAAAGCUUCGCCUGGAUACUCUGUACACUGGAUGUACCGAUGUUACUGGUGAAGAAUAUUUGGUCGAACCAGUCGAUGAUGGACCGGGAGCGUUCCGAUGCUAUCUGGAUGUCGGCCUCGCCCGUACCACCACUGGCGCUCGUGUCUUCGGUGCCAUGAAGGGUGCCGUCGAUGGUGGCCUCAACAUCCCCCACUCCGUCAAGCGUUUCCCAGGCUACAGCGCUGAAAACAAGAGCUUCAACGCUGAAGUUCACCGCGCUCAUAUUUUCGGCCAGCACGUCGCCGACUACAUGCGCACCCUGGAGGAAGAGGAUGAGGAGGCAUACAAGCGCCAGUUCAGCAAAUACAUCGGCCUCGGAAUCAAGGCUGACGAUAUUGAAACCAUCUACAAGAACGCCCACGCCGCCAUCCGUAAGGAUCCGGUCUUCCACAAGAAGCCGGAGAAGAAGGUCACCAAGAAGCGCUUCAACCUGGCCAAGCUGACCCUCGAAGCCCGCAAGGCGAAAAUCGCCAAGCACAAGGCCGACUUCAUGGCCAAGAUCCAGGCCGAUGUCGAAGCCUAAACCUCAUUUUUGCUGUUAUGCUCCAGUGGAUAGGUUCGGGAUAUGGCCAGAUUUCUCCAUCUAUAUCGCAUUCCCGAAGCUACACCCAGCAAUCAUGUGGAGGAAAAUAAGCAAUGUUUGUAUUUUUGAAUAAAUGCAGUGUUUCUUAUUCAGCUGAAACGUGAGAAAUUGUUGGCUUUUUACUGAUCUAUUCACGUUCUAAAUAACUACAUAGUUUCUUAAGAAUUAUUAUAUUAAGCUCUGAAAAUAUAUUGCACGUUUAAAACCA